AUGUCCCAACCCUGCCCCGCCACUCCCGCUUGCGACACCGCCGCCAGCGCCGCGGGACGGUGCCACAAGGUGCAGGAGUCGCUGCUGAGCUCGGCCAGCGGCUACAGCAACUACCGGGGGGUGCUCAACUGGUGCCACAAGGUGCAGGAGUCGCUGCUGAGCUCGGCCAGCGGCUACAGCAACUACCGGGGGGUGCUCAACUGGUGCGUCGUCAUGCUGGGCUCGGUGUCGGCGCGCGCGGGCUGGGCGCUGCGCUGCCUCAACCUCCUGAGCAUCCUCUGCUUCCCGGCCGCCGUGGUGCUGCUGCUGCCCUCCGUCACCCCGGUGGGCGCGGCGCUGGCGCUGGCCGUGCACACCGUGCUCUUCCUCAAGCUCUUCUCCUUCCACCACGUCAACGAGUGGUGCCGGCAGCGCCCCCGGAACGCGCCCGCAGCCCCCCAAAAACCCCCCGGGGCGGGGCAGGAAGCCCGCAGAGCCAACGGGGACGUGGCGCGCGGGGAGGUGGAGUACCCGGAGAACCUCAGCUACCGCAACCUGUACUAUUUCCUGCUGGCCCCCACGCUCUGCUACGAGCCUGAUUUUGGGCUGUUUUUGGGGCACUUCUACAAGCCGAUGCUGCGCCGGGGCGUGAGCCGCUGGGCCGCCCAGGCCGCCGUGUUCCUCGCCUCCGCCUUCUUCCACGAGUACCUGGUCAGCGUCCCCCUGCGCAUGUUCCGGCUCUGGGCCUUCAUGGGCAUGGCGGCGCAGAUCCCGCUGGCCUGGCUGGUGGCGCGGUUCCUGCGGGGGCACUACGGCAACGCGGCCGUGUGGCUCUCGCUGAUCCUGGGCCAGCCCGUGGCCGUGCUCAUGUAUGUGCACGAUUACUACGUGCUGCACUGCACUAACCCGGGAUAACCACCCGGGAUAACCCGGGAUAACCACCCGGGAUAACCCGGGAUAAACCUGGGACAACCCGGGAUAACCCACAAUAAACCGGCUCCCGGCA